AUGUACAAAGACAAUUUUAAGGUAUUUACACGUGUUACAAAUGAAGAUUUCUCUGCUGCGAUGGACGAUAUUAUCCCAUCUAAUGAAUUUGAAAAACUUUUACAUCAAGGAGCACAAAUGUUGGAAAUUGACACAUCAAAAUAUGAUAAAAGUCAAGGUUUGGCAACAUUAAUUUUUGACUGCAUACUUAUGGAUCUCUUCGGGGUAAAACAAUUUUAUAUAGAUUUAUUGUAUCAUGCACACGCUCAUAUCAUUUUGACAUAUAUCGAAAAUGGUGUGAAAUAUAAGGUGGACUACCAACGUAAAUCAGGAGACGCUUCAACCUUCUGUCAGAAUACCAGAUUUUUGGUGGCUGUUGUUGCUACAAUGUUAGAUAUGGAUCAAGUGCACUCCGGUAUCUUUGCUGGUGAUGACAGUUGGUUGUUGACGAAACACGAAUUUAAAGAUAUGAACGCUUGGUGUCCUACUUUACUAAACUUAGAAUCAAUUUUUUAA